UAUGAAUCAGCCAACAUUAAAGCUAAUCUGGGGCAGUCUCAGUCUAGGACUGUCGAAAGAUUUGCCGCUAAAUUGCUCAAUGAUAUUUUUAUAACGGCAAAGUGACCUCAGCAGUCCUGCAGACGGAAGGGGAGAUACCGGAGCAAGUCACGCAGCAAGCGUGCACGUGCAUGCAGGGGAGGCAGCAGAGGGGCAGGAUGGGAUGGUCUUAUUAAUCCAAGUUAACUGAAGUAACUUGGGACGGAAGGAAGCUUCUGUCGCGUCUCUGCAGAGAGGUGGUCGCGAGAUGGGCCGAUCGCGUCUCUGAAACAGCGCUCAUCCAACGAUUUACCAUGACAGUGCUGAAUGAAAUCCCGGACAAAUGGUUUCCAAUCGUCCUUCCCUUGCACAGAAAGAAAAAGAAAGGAUUAGAUGGAAAGUCGAAAAAGGCACGGACAGAGGAGGAGAGAAAGGUCAGAGCCAAUGACAGAGAAUACAAUGAAAAGUUUCAGUAUGCGAGUAACUGCAUCAUGACAUCAAAAUACAACAUCAUCACCUUUCUGCCUGUAAACCUGUUUGAGCAGUUCCAGGAAGUAGCCAAUACCUACUUUCUUUUCUUGCUCAUACUGCAGCUGAUACCUCAGAUCUCUUCCCUCUCCUGGUUCACUACCAUCGUGCCUUUGGCUCUGGUGCUGAGCAUCACCGCAGUAAAGGAUGCCACCGAUGACUACUUUCGCCACAAGAGCGACAACCAAGUAAACAACCGUCAGUCUCAGGUCCUCAUCCGAGGCUCGCUGCAGAAUGAAAAGUGGAUGCACGUUCGAGUGGGUGACAUCAUCAAACUGGAAAACAACCAGUUUGUGGCAGCUGACCUGCUCCUGUUGUCGAGCAGUGAACCUCACGGGCUGUGUUACAUUGAGACGGCCGAGCUCGACGGGGAGACCAAUAUGAAGGUGCGUCAGUCUGUCUCAGUGACAGCCGAGCUCGGGGACCCAAACAACCUGGCUUCAUUCAACGGUGAGGUGGUGUGUGAGCCCCCCAACAACAAGCUGGAUCGUUUUUGUGGGACUCUAUACUGGAGAGACAAGAAAUACACCCUGACCAACCAGAACAUGCUACUCCGGGGAUGUGUCCUGCGCAACACUGAGGCCUGCUACGGCCUGGUCAUCUUUGCAGGCCCAGAUACCAAACUGAUGCAGAACAGUGGUUGCACAAAGUUUAAGCGUACAAGCAUCGAUCGACUGAUGAACACUCUGGUCCUCUGGAUCUUUGGCUUCCUGGUUUGUAUGGGUGUGAUCCUGGCUGUGGGCAAUGCGAUUUGGGAGAGAGAAGUCGGGUCUUUGUUUCAGAGCUACUUGCCCUGGGACCCCCCUGUGGACAACUUUAUGUUCUCAGCCUUCCUCUCAUUCUGGUCUUAUGUCAUCAUUCUCAACACGGUGGUGCCAAUAUCUCUUUAUGUGAGCGUGGAGGUCAUCAGGUUGGGUCACAGCUACUUCAUUAACUGGGACCAACAGAUGUUCUGCUCACAGUGCAACACGGCAGCUGAGGCCAGGACGACCACUCUGAACGAGGAACUGGGCCAGGUUGAAUACAUCUUCAGUGACAAGACUGGAACGCUAACCCAGAACAUCAUGACCUUCAACAAGUGCUCCAUCAAUGGGCAAACUUACGGUGAAGUUACAGAGCCGCUUGCUACACAGCGAAAGGCAGGGACCUUUUCUUUUUUCUUCCUACACAUUUCUAGUUUACAGUGUAAUUCUAUCAAUGUCAUAAUGGUCCCAUCCUCUCCUGUUUAUCCUCAGAAGUUGGACUUCACUGGCCUCAACCCUUUGGCAGACCCUGACUUCUGUUUCUAUGACGACAAGCUGCUGGAAUCGGUGAAAGUCGGGGACUCCCACACCCAGGAGUUUUUCCGCCUGCUCUCCCUCUGUCACACUGUUAUGAGUGAGGAGAAGAGUGAAGGAGAGCUGGUUUAUAAGGCCCAGUCUCCAGAUGAGGGUGCGCUUGUGACAGCAGCUCGAAAUUUUGGCUUUGUGUUUCGCUCCCGAACACCAGGGACCAUCACCACCACAGAGAUGGGCCGAACUGUCACCUACUCAUUGCUCGCUAUAUUGGACUUCAACAACAUACGCAAGAGGAUGUCCGUCAUAGUACGAAACCCAGAGGGCAGAAUUCGUCUUUACUGUAAAGGAGCCGACACUGUGCUGCUGGAGAGACUCCACCCCUGUAACCACGAACUGAUGAGCAUCACCUCAGACCACCUUAAUGUAACCGAUGGUUUGCGGACGCUGGCCCUGGCUUACAGGGACCUUACUGGGGAUGAAUGGGAGGCCUGGUCUGAGAGCCACCGCUUUGCUGACAAGGCCACUAACUACAGGGAGGACAGGCUGGCAGCAGCUUAUGACGAGAUAGAGCAAGAUAUGAUGCUUUUAGGUGCCACCGCUAUAGAAGACAAGCUGCAGGAAGGAGUCCCAGAGACCAUCGCAGUUCUCUCUCUAGCCAACAUUAAGAUCUGGGUCCUUACUGGAGACAAGCAGGAGACCGCUGUCAACAUCGGGUACUCGUGUAAGAUGCUGACAGAUGACACGGCAGAGGUGUUCAUCAUCAGUGGGCACACGGUCCAGAGUGUACGACAAGAACUCAGGAAAGCGAGGGAGAGGAUGGUUGAACUGUCCCGUGCCAGAGAUGGAGGAAAGGAGGACGGGACGGAGGCAUGGGUUGGAGUAGGAGAUGGCACCGCAGUAGCAGCAGGAGGAGGGAAGCAGCUGCAGGGCUCCCCUUUUCCGCCGCCGCACGCUAAUUUGAUGGACAACAUUUCUGGAGAGUUUGGCCUCGUCAUCAGCGGUCACAGCUUGGCCCAUGCGCUGGAAGCAGACAUGGAGGGGGAAUUUGUCUCGACAGCAUGUGCGUGCAAAGCAGUGAUCUGCUGCAGAGUCACCCCACUGCAAAAGGCUCAGGUGGUGGAGCUCAUCAAGAAACACAAGAAGGCUGUGACGCUGGCCAUAGGAGACGGCGCCAACGACGUCAGCAUGAUCAAAAGUGCUCAUAUCGGAGUCGGUAUCUCUGGGCAGGAGGGGAUCCAGGCUGUGCUGGCCAGCGACUACUCUUUCGCACAGUUCCGUUUCCUCCAGCGUCUCCUGCUGGUCCACGGCCGCUGGUCCUACCUUCGCAUGUGCCGGUUCCUCUGCUACUUCUUCUACAAGAACUUUGCCUUCACCAUGGUGCACUUCUGGUUUGGCUUCUUCUGCGGCUUCUCUGCACAGACGGUGUACGAUCAGUACUUCAUCACACUCUACAACAUUGUGUAUACCUCCCUCCCUGUGCUGGCCAUGGGGAUAUUUGACCAGGAUGUUCCAGAUCAGAGAAACCUGGAGUAUCCGAAGCUGUAUGAGCCCGGGCAGCUUAACCUCCUCUUCAAUAAGCGAGAGUUCUUCAUCUGCAUCGCUCAAGGCAUCUACACAUCGGUGGUGCUUUUCUUUGUGCCCUACGCCAUGCUGUCUGAUGCCACUCAGAGCAAUGGAGUGCCACUCGCCGACUACCAAUCCUUUGCAGUGACCACAGCAACAGCCCUGGUUAUAGUGGUCAGUGUGCAGAUAGGCCUUGACACUGGCUUUUGGACAGUUAUCAACCACGUGUUUGUGUGGGGCUCCCUGGGUUCCUAUUUCACCAUCAUGCUAGCUCUUCACAGCCAGAGCCUUUUCAGAAUCUUUCCCAAUCAGUUCCACUUUGUAGGUAGUGCCCAGAACACAUUAUUGCAGCCAGUCGUGUGGUUGACUAUUGCGCUGGCAACAGCAAUUUGUAUAGUUCCAGUUUUGGCAUUCCGCUUCCUGAAGCUGGACCUCAAGCCUCAGCUCUCAGACACGGUGCGCUACACUCAGUUGGUGCGACAGAAGAGACGGAAGCUGGCAGGCCGCAGUGCCGGAGGCGCCUGGCGGGGAGUGGGCAGCGUGUCGGAGGGCCGUCUUGGUGCCCGUGGUGGCUCCAGGAGGUCGGGCUAUGCCUUCGCCCACCAGGAAGGCUUUGGAGAGCUGAUCACUUCAGGGAAAAACAUGAGGCUCUCCUCUCUGGCCCUGGCCAACUUUGCCUCCAGGCACAGCUCCGGCUGGAUCGACACGCUUCGCAGGAAGAAAAACACUCACACACCCCCUUGCACCUCAGGGGAGUGCAGCCCUGCACCAAGUAUCAUUUCUGGGUCGGUUCCGCCACUCUCGAACUCUUCUUCUCUUCUGGGUGGCUCACAAGACACGCCCAUUGAGGAGGAAACAGUCACAGCAGCAGCUCAGACAUCAGCUUUAACAACAGCUCCAGAAGCAGCUGCUCCCCAGGCCUCAGCUCAGGCCUCAACAGCUGCCCCAGUCCGGCACCACGGGACCGACUCACCUGGAGGAUGGACGCUCUCUCUGGGGACUGUACAGGAAGCUCUGUUUGGGUGGAAGGGCAUCUCACAACGUACCAGCGCAUCCAACAGCCCAGGCCCACCUUCUGUUGCCAAGGAAACCAUCCAGAUGAAAUAAAAUGUAUGCAAAGGAUUAAAGAAACCCAUUUUUUCUACUGUCUACCAGAUGUUUGCACACACAUUCAAAAUGCAUGUGUGCUUCUCUGGAGCAAACACGUAGGCCGUACCAAAAAUAUUAGCCACGCAGUGCUCUUGUCUCAAAAUAAAUAGAUUUCAUCAGAAUCACAAGAGGAAGCGGGACAUUUUAAUGAAGUGGACUUUCUCAUCUGUAAAUAAGGAUUUUAUUUUCAGCUGUUUCUGAAUGUAUCUGAUUGGCUUUAAUUAAUUCAAACCAAGAUGAGCAGGAGGAACAGAAACAGAUGGAAGGACAACUAAUUAUAAGUAAAAGGAUUGCUUCAGCUUGAAAUUUCACAAGCCUUUAAACCAGAGGUCACAGCUUCUCUUGAACCCAACAACAAAAUGGACAAUUGAGACAAAAAAAGAUUUUCAACUCAUGUGGUUCAGGCAUUAUUACUGUAUUUGUAAAGGUUUUGUCUGUUGAGAAGAUCUCUGUUUUCAUUAUAGUUCUCAGUGAGAACGCUAUUUUAAUUUAUACAACUGUUACAGACUGUUGCGAGAUUUGUGCCCCUGUUUUCUCACUGAUCUGCUAUCUAACCACACUCGACCCUUUUUUUUGCAUCAUAUUGAUGUGUUGAUAAUGGCCUGGUUAUGUUGCACAUUCAAUCAGGCUUUUAGUGCUUUGGUUUGGAAGUUAGGCCUUUUUUGAAUAACUGACAAAAGCACUCUUUUAUUUUAAGGCUCCGUUUUAAUUACCUUUGAUGUAAUGGAACAGAAUAAAUAGAAAAACUGCCACCUCAGUGUGUAAAGAAGUUCUAAGAGAAUCCACCCAGAAGCAAAUGAGCAUGUAAAGGUGGUUUGUCAAAUUCUGAACCAUAAACGUCUACAUUUCGUAAACAGUGGUCCUGAUUCUUUCUGUAAACACGCACACGUGAAGUGCUUUGGGGUUUUGUUUUUCCAUGAA